UUUGUGUCAGUGAUGUUGAGCUGGAGUCUGGACACCACCGACCUCAGCUCGUCCAAUGAGCAGCGGAGGGGGCGGCGGCUUCAGUCCUCACGGGAGAAAGAACCAUAACAAAGCGGCGGCGACGACCCGAAUGGAAACAGAGACGAACUGAAGGAUAAAACAGACAUUUGCAGCAAUGGGCAAGUCCCAGUCACACUUGGCCAAACAAAAGGGCGAGAGUCAGGACGCGCUGACGAAUGCCGGCGAGGAGGAGGACGGCAAAAAUGGAGACGUGUCUCAGUUCCCCUACGUGGAGUUCACCGGGCGGGACAGCGUGACCUGCCCCACGUGUCAGGGCACCGGCCGAAUCCCACGAGGUCAAGAGAAUCAGCUGGUGGCUCUGAUUCCGUACAGCGACCAGAGGCUCCGGCCAAGCAGGACAAAACGCUAUGUCACAAUAUCCGUGGCUCUCUGCCUGCUGCUGUCAGGUCUGGCUGUUUUCUUCCUCUUCCCUCGCUCCAUUGAUGUUUCCUACGUGGGGGUGAAGUCUGCCUACGUCUCCUAUGACCAGGACAAGCGGAUCGUCUAUCUCAACAUUACAAACACUCUGAACAUCACCAAUAACAACUACUACGCCAUCUCUGUGACCAACAUCACGGCACAAGUGCAGUUCUCCAAGACGGUGAUCGGCAAGGCCAAGUUCAGCAACAGCACGUUGAUCAUUCCACUGGAUGAACAGCAGAUCGACUACACAGUCCCCACCACCAUUGCUGAUGAGAUGAGUUAUAUGUUUGACUACUGCACUAUGCCAACCAUUAAAGUGCACAACAUAGUGGUCAUGAUGCAGGUGACAGUGACGACCACGUAUUUCGGCCACGCGGAGCAGGUCUCCCAGGAGAUGUACCAGUAUGUGGACUGCGGUGGGAACACCACCUCCUUGCACGGGCAUGUGCAGGUCUACCAGUAAGGGCCAGCGAGAGAGACCCCCGGUGUCACACACUGCUGUAGCUCAGCUCCUCGGAGAGAUAGACUGGGACGACUUCCAUGUAGGAGAUUCUUGCACAGUGUCAAUGGAUUACAGGACAGCAUCAUAUCAUUUCUUAAAUUUGUCCCAGUGGCUCAUCCAUUUUUAAAUUCCCAACCACUUCUUGUUUUCCCCAUCCGCACGUCAGAUAUGAUGUUGAGAGGAGGUAUUGUGUGUUAAUUUUCCAACCGGCUGCAGAGGCCAGAGUUGUUCAGGAUUCACCUGGAGGGUUGUCCUCAUCUUCCACCCUGGUGCUCGCACCGUGGAGCGAUGUAAUUUAAUAUUCACACCAGUGGAGGGAAUUCCAGUGGUUUCAGAUCUGAUUGCACUUUAGACCCAUUCCUUAUCUACGGAGAAUAAUAAGAAUGUUGAAUGAAUGCGACAGGAAUGCUGUGAUUGUUUUUUUCGCCCACCUUAUAUUCUCAACCCCCUUUUGAUAAAGAAUACAAUAACUACGAUGUGAGAGGGACUCAACUUUUUUUUGGGGGGGGGGGGGCACAGUGUAGAACCACUUUUUUCGGCCCUCUUUUCAUUCCUUCCUGCUGCAGUUUUAUCUCUUUUCUUUGCAGUACAAUUAAAUUCUUGGUAUUGUAAUAGUGCAAUAUGUAUGAGGUGUCGUCUUUAUCAUUAGUUUUUCCUUUAUUUUCAGCUUGUGUACAUGUCUAACAUGCAGUACCGCUACUACUAACAGUAAUAGCUGUUAUUUUUAUUUUUAAGAGGGUAAUUUAAAAGCAAAUAUGACAACUGUGAUGGCUGACAUCAGCACAUUUACAUUCAAGUAAAAAAAACUGUUUAUUUUUAAAAGGGAGGAUAUUUUCAAUCUCAUAGGAAAUGUGGGAGCUUGACAGUGGAUGAAUAAAUAGAGGAAUGUGUAAAUAUGAAAUAUGUGCUUUCCUUCUGGUUUGCUUUAAAAAAAAAAAAAAUGCCAGAGCUGUGUUCGGUCUUGUAAUAACUUUUAUCCAUUAACACGUUUUAAUUUGGUUUUCAUUGCUGUAUUAAUCCAAUCUGAAUCUCUUAUAUGAUCGUAUUUUGGGUUGAGUGCUGGUUUUUAAUUCAUGGCUUCUUUCUGUCACUUUUAUAAUGUGGUGUUAUUUGGCUUGGCUGAUGAUUUAAAUGAUUUAAUGACUUCUACUGACAGAAGAUGUCUGUAGCUCUGUUACGCUGAACACAUCUAUUGCACCUCUGUCUGUGCUGGGAGAGGGAUCCCUCACAUGUGGUUCCUUCCAUCAAAGUUGCUUGUCUGAAUUAUCACACUGGUUAUACUGGAAGUUAAUAUGAUUUCUAGUCAGCGUUAGAAAACUGUAACCGUAGCUUCCCACUCUGCCUGAUGUUUCAUAACAGACGCUGUAGAUGUUAAAAACGUAUUGUUUCUGCUUAACAUCACCUCAAUGUUUUUCUUCUUCUUAAUGCAUGAAGCUGAAAAUAAAAUCAUGAUCCACUGUC